CGGCAAACCCUUGGGUCUGUUGGUGUUGUGGCUUUCAGACCCCGCACAGGGGAGCAAUCCUGUGGGACGUGGUUGCAUGGUGUCUGAAAAGGGCAGAGGAGGAGAUCAGCCGGCCAUGGUACAUCAAGCUGCAAGGAAACUAAGCAUCUCUCCCUCUUCAUUUAGGGCUGGAUGAAGUGACCCAGUAUGAGGAGUGGGAUCCCAAAAGCAGAAAAAAAUAUAAGUAUGAACUAUAAACUUAGUGGCCUUCAAGAGGAGCUGUCAUCAAGAAGAAACACAUGGCCACAGUCACAGCAGAAAAGAUUGACAUGGAGAAAAGAUUCUUGCAGCUUAAAAUUUGCCUCACACGGAGAGAAGACUAUGAUAAAUGUACAGUUGUCUUAUGGCAACAUUGAAAACUCAAGAACUAAAGAAAGACAGCAAUACCUUGAGAAACUUGAUGUGACACAUCCUGAAAUGUAUUCUUGGGCAGAAAUUGAGGAAAAAACUUUGAAUGAGUUGCAAAAAGCACUGGGGAUGCUAAAAGCUGCUGAGAUGCUGUGCCGUAAGAUUCAGAGGAUUGAACUUGAAAAUUCCAUCUUAAUUGUCACAACUGAAAAGCAAGCAAAGGAAAUGGAAGCACUCGGGGGGAAACGGUUGAGUGCAGGAAUCAGUGUGGUGGAGGCAGCACCCAGAGGCGAUCCAGGGAAGAGGAGGAGGGAGGAUGCUGGUACACGGCGGAGUCAGACGGAGCUGAUGAAGCCCGAUUCUGAGCUCUCUAAAAUGAGAACACAGGACAAUUCCUGUAAGAUGGAAGUGGAAAAACACAAGGAACUGUAUCUGAGAGAACUGAGAAGUAAUAGAGCCUUACUCUCACUUUUUCCAAGUAGGACAUGCAAGUGUCCAGAGGGGUCCAGUGCAAAUCUUGAGGAGGAGAUGCAGUGGAACACCUCUCCAAUGGUGGCCCUUGUAGAGCCUUGCCCCCAGUGCCCUCAAGUGGCAUAUCUAACAAGCAGCAGCACGGAGUCACAAGGACAUGUGCCCCACCCCUCCCAAAGCCAAGAAGUUAUCUGUGAAUUCUUGGAAAAUCCUAGGAGCUGGUCUGAAGAUAAGAAAAAAGAGAGGGAAAGACUGAUGGACUCAGUGCACUCUCUGCUCUGUGCUUUGCGACAAGAAGUAAGGAGGACUGAAGUGUUACAAAACGAGCUAACCGAAAUGAAGAAGAUCGUGAAUAUGCCCCCAGAGGAAGGACAUGGGUGUGACCACAGAAGGCACUGUUUUCAUGAAGUUUCAAAAAUCAGUCAAACUAAAAUGAGCAUUCCAGUUGCCAGGCUAAGCCUUGAGGGAGAAGCAGCAGCGAAAGAAAACUUGGUGCGUGUUCAAGCGAAUCCAAGCGCGGCAGUCCUAACUCGGAUGGAGUCUGAAAUAAAAGAUAUUGAAUCUGCCAUCUCUGAAGCAAUCGCCCAAGAACGCACGAUUAAAAGGGAACUGGAGACACUGAAGUCGCUCUACCGCGGAGAGUUAGAGCACAUAGAUGGCAUCAUUGGAACUGCGUAUGUAAGCGGGAAGGAGCCACAGCAAGCCAAGCCCGUGCCUUGUCACGAAAGCCCAGUGCGCAGUGAACCCCGUUCGUGAGAUUUGUAGACUAUGAAAGCUAUUGAGACAGUGUAAUUCUGGGAAAUGUGUUGAUAAAUGAGCCGCCUUUAAAAUGUUAGUCCAGGACUGUUUUUAUUUUUCCAUUUUUCAUUACAUAUGGCAUUUCCUACUUUACUAUUCUCACAGAGUUGAUUUAAUCAGUUUGAUCUUUAAUUGUUUAUGGAAAUCUCUAGGUAACAGUUUGUAUUAUUAUAAGUUUUAUUAUUUUAGGUUAAUUUUUCGGAGUUUCCGUAACUAUAAACAUCAAAAGUUUAGCUGUGUUUGGAAAAUUAUAUAACCUUAACUCAAGCCUUCAAGUGCUGCUGGGCACAUCCUGGCAUGGGUAAUUUAACGUUCCUGUGGUUUUCAUUGUUACCACUAGAGGGCGCCUGCAGAGUGGCUGCCAUUUAGAGUCUCUCCCUGAGACUGCAUUGUGGAAAUACAGGGAAGGACCAACACAGAGCUGAAGGCAAGCAGAAAUCCAGCGUGGUUAGGGAAUUCCUUGUUCAGUAUGGGCGGGAGUGUGUAGCCGACAGAGAAAGCAGCCAGAGCCGGUCACUGAUUUGGAGCUCAACUUCAUUUUGCUGUUCCGAAUUAUUCCUGAGGCCCAAACACUUGCAGUGAGUAAACAGGCGAAGAAAACUGAUUAUUUUCCUUGGGGAGUUUUAAAAACAUCUGCAUAUUAGCUCAAUAGAUACUAAUAUUCUUGCCCUGUUUUCCAGUUUAGUUCUAUCAGCUUGAUGUAUUAAUAAAUUUAUACCUAGUGGAACUCCGACUAUAAGCAAAUUGACACACCUUCACCUUACAUAGUUACCUUCUAAGUACAAGUAUUUUCUUUUUUAUUAUUAAGUUAGUUCUCGGCCAACCUCAUACACGUAUAAUACAUUCUGGCUGCUCUAUCCCUCCACCAUAUCUCCUUCUCACCCCUAUCAAUCUCCUUCCUUCCCUACUUGCCUCUGUCCCCGAAUUUAUAACGUAUGGCUUUGUUUUGUGACCCAUUUAGUUGAACCAGAGUCAUCUACGUGACCACUGGAUUGGGAUUCAUUGGAGCCUGAUGGUGUCACGAAUGGGCACACAAUUGAAGGCAACGAGUCCUCAUUUCCCUAACUCUAUCUAGAGCAAAGAGUUCAGCAGUGAGGAGUGGAGCCCCGAGCCUCUAGGGUAACUGUUCCUGGCUGUUACUCGUCUCCUUCUAUGCAAACACAGUGUAGGCAUCUAUGGAGGUUGAUGGUCCAUGACUGCAGCGGGUUAUCCUGUCCAGAAGUGAGCAUUUCGGAGCCUUUUUUCCUGCUUUCUGUUUUGCAGGGUUCCCCAAGCCCUGGAGGGAUUGGCAUAGAUGUUUUGUUUAGGACUGAGCCCUCAACCAUCUCUUCCUCUCAGCACUGUAGGUACAGGGUUUCCAGCGCCUCUCUGAAGGGCCGUCUCUGCAGAACCUUCCACGGGGUUACUCCUGAUGUGCUCCACUCCCCUUUCAUUGUAGAACCCCCUCACACACACAUAGGCCCCUUCAGAAUGCUUUUAAACCGACAGUUAUUUACAUUAAGUAUGUUCUGCUGGGUUUCCAGUGUUGAGAACUUACUCAGUGAAACUCAUCGCUUCUUACGGCAACUAAAAUCUGCUCCUUUAGGGGAAAACGCGAUUAUCAGUUUCUGCCCUUGGCAACCACACAGCUGUGCUCAAAGCGAAGUGGAAGGCAAUGCACACCUCAAGGGCUCUGUGAAGCACGGUGCACACUGCACCGCUCCAACAGAGCCCAUAGGCUCUCUCCCAGAAACGUUUGCAAAUGUUCAGGAGUUUGCGGAAUUUUCCUGCCAAGAGAAAUGCCCUGAUGACACCAACUGCAAAUUCACACACCUGGGGUGAGGCUGGGGACAUUCCUGAGGGGGCUUAGUAUUUUUCCUCUGGGUUUCAGAUUUCUGGUAUGAUUCUUACUUUUAAUUAAUCGAAAUACCUAACCUAUUUAAUUGACUUGAGCUUGGUUGGGUGUGACCAUAAUAGGCAUUAGUUACAAAAGAAUACAAGGUUUGAAAUUUACUGAAAAUGGCCAAGAUGUACCUGUCUUAAUUUGAUUUAAUGUCUUUUUUAAAUGAUACACAUUUCUUUUUAAUCCACUCUUACAUUAGGUUUUAGAAAUUAAUGCUACCUCUAACCACAGGCAUAGCUGCAGUGUCCUAGCUGAGCUGUACACACAGGCACACUGAAGUGUCCUGACUCAGCUGUAACCAAGGCACACUGAAGUGUCCAGGCUCAGUUUCUCAGAGGCGUCAAGCUGGUUGUGCAUUGUAACCAUUCUAAGUCCACUACCCCAAGCCAUAACUGAAUGCUUGACAGAAAGACACAUAGCCUCAUAUAGAUACUUGUCUUUAAAAGAAUUUGAGAUGGAUGCUUUUUCUGAAUUAAGUAAAUGUGCAAUACUGAAACAACUAGCUUUUUUGCCAUUUUCUUAAAAAAUAUUUCAAUUGCUGUUUAUUGAUCACAUUUUUGCUUAUAUAAAGUAUUUUAUUGCUGCAUACUUUCUAUUAAGUACUUAAUAGUAUAGAUACUUUAAAUACUAACUAUAUUUAUAAUGGAUGCAUACUUUUCUACUAAAUACUUUUUAAAUACUUUAAGCAAAUAAUUGAAGUUUCACAAUGAAGUUCACGUAUGUCUAUCUUGCCUUCACAAGAAUGAACAAUGGCUUAGGUAGCAGUGAUACUAAGAUUCUUUAAAUAGUACCUAGUCCAAAGAAGUGACUCACUGCUCUCUCCCGGAAAGCCCUAGGAGCCUGUCCAUAGACCCCGUUUCCCCUGGGAACAAUUGGGAGUUCUCCAUGCAAUGGUAUGAUAGUUGUUUGUGUCAUUCAUCAUAAACAUCCAUUCUAGGAAGCUAAAAAUGGUUCCAGUGAUGACCAUGUCAAACAAGCUUAAUCAGCCAUAGAAUAUAUAAAUAUGCCUUAUUUAUUUGAAAUAUUUGUCUAGUGUUUGACCAAUUUUUGGCCUAGGGAAAAAUUUCAUACAACAUUCCAAUAAAGUACAAA